GCGCGGCGCGGCCGGCGGGCGGGCGGCGCGGCGGCGGCGGCAUGGACACGGGCACCGGCGGGGGCUGCGGGCGCCCGGCUCCCCGCCCGGCCCGGCCCGCUCCCGACGCGCGGCCGCCGCAGCCCCCGCAGCCGGCUGGGAGACCGUUCCCGCAGCCGGCGCAACUUGCCUCGGACCCUCGGUGAGCGGCAGCGGCGGCGGCGCGCGUGGGGCCGGGCGGGAGCGGGCGAGGCGUGCGGGCGCCCGGCGCGAUGCCUCCGGCCGGCGGCCCCCGAGCGCCGCGUCCCGCCGCGCUGCCCCGCAGCCUCUCCCGCCUUCGCGAGUGCCCGGGCCGCUCCCGCAUCGUGCUGGCGCUCGGGGCCACGCAGAUGGCGCUCGGAUGCCUCAUCGUGGCCGUCAGCUUCGCCGCGCUGGCGCUCACCACCUCGGCCCGCGUCCGCCACUCCUGCCCCUUCUGGGCUGGCUUCUCGGUGCUGCUGUCGGGACUCAUAGGCGUUGUCUCCUGGAAGAGGCCUCUCUCCCUCGUGAUAACCUUUUUCAUGCUGCUUUCUGCAGUGUGUGUGAUGCUGAAUUUGGCUGGUUCGAUUCUCUCUUGUCAGAAUGCUCAGCUAGUCAACUCUCUAGAAGGCUGCCAGUUGAUUAAGUUUGACAGUGUGGAGGUGUGUGUCUGCUGUGAGCCGCAGCACCAGUCGUCCGGCUGCAGCAACCUCGGGGAGACGCUGAAGCUGAACCCGCUGCAGGAGAACUGCAACGCCGUGAGGCUGACCUUGAAGGAUCUCCUCUUCAGCGUGUGCGCCCUCAACGUGCUGUCCACCAUCGUAUGUGCGCUGGCCACAGCCAUGUGCUGUAUGCAGAUGGUCUCCUCCGACGUCCUGCAGAUGUUCCUUCCGCAGAGGUCGCAUCCCGCCAACCCCGCCUGCAUGACUCCCCACGGCACCGUUCUCCACCAGACCCUGGAUUUCGACGAGUUCAUCCCCCCGCUCCCGCCUCCACCCUACUAUCCCCCAGAGUACACCUGCACACCCUCUGCCGAUGCCCAGAGGGGCCUCCACCUGGACUUUGCUCCAUCUCCAUUCAGCACUUUGUAUGACGUGGCCAUCAACAGCCCCGGCCUGCUCUAUCCUGCUGAGCUCCCGCCUCCGUACGAGGCGGUGGUGGGCCAGCCCCCUGCCAGCCAGGUUACAGGUAUAGAUCAGCAGGUGGCUGAGUCCAGCUCCGGGGAUCCAAACACCAGUGCUGGCUUCAGCACUCCAGUACCAGCUGACAGCACAAGCCUCCUGGUGUCCGAGGGCAUCGCCACGCCAGGUUCCAGCCCAUCCCCCGAUGGCCCUGUAGGCACCCCAGCGCCCCCUGAACCUGCCCUUCACCCUGGCUCUGUGUCUCUGGAGGAUCCUGGCAUGGGCUCACAGGUGCAGCCAGGACCUGGGCAUGUGUCCCGCUCUACCAGCGACCCCACCUCAUGCACAUCUGGCACAGCAGUUUCCAUGUCUCGCUCUGCCACGGCUGCCUGUUGGGCCCAGCUUUCACCAGCGGGAGACCCAGAUACCUCGAAAGUUGACCAACGGCCAGCACCAGAGGCCUUGCCGGCGGCCUCCAAAGAGCAGCUGCGCUCUUUAGUGGACAGGAAGGCCUAUGUGGACACCAGGGUUUUGGUGACUAAGUUUCUGGAACACUCACACCGUGCCCUUCCCACCGAGGCGCAGCACGUGGGGGGUGCCGUGCACGUGGCCGUCACCUCCGAGGAGCCCCCCGAGGAGGAGGCCGUCUUCAGUGCCAGCGUUCUGGACCAGGUAUGAAGGAGCCACAAGUCUGGCCGUGGACAGCAAUGGGCCUGGUGCCACAGAUGUUCUUGCCAGAAGCCGCCUUGCCUGACAGAGGCCUCAGGCCCAGCUUGGCUGAGGACAAAUCGGGGGGCGGGGGGACACCCAGCAUCAUCUGGGGGCAGUGAGGGCAGGAAACUGUUACUCCCUCUCUUGAGGGGAGCUGAGCAGUCGUUUCCUAGGGGAUUGCAUUUCCUGCCUAGCCUGGUGAUUCGGAAAGAUGACUCUCAUGUCCGCAGUGAACUCUCUCUGGCGUGGAGGAGCCUGAACUGAGCAGCGUUGCACAAAUGUGAAUACAGCAACAGGGGACACUCAUGUCACCUAAAGACUCUAAGUAUCUCCAAAAUCAGGGCCAUCCAAAGCAGGAGUCUCCCACCCCCAAUUUAACUUAGUGUUCAGUGGACAGAGAGUGGCAUCGAGUCAUGGGACAUUUUCUCACGUGGUUCUCGGCUCUAGCAUCACACAUUCAUCAUGCUCUGGCCCAUUUCCUAUGAAAGGAGAUAGGUAGCUUUUUCCUUUCCAGAAAGAUGGCAGCCUGGGCCCAACUUCCUGCCCCCAGGGCUACGGUAUACACAAAUGUCCAGUGAGGGCUUCUGCCACAGCCCGGCCACCCCAGGGGACAGGCCAGCAUUGUGGGGGGUUGGAGGUACCCACCAUCUCCCAGUCUCCUGGGCCUUGAGCUCAGCCUCCCUCUGUGGGCCUCCCUCCUCCUGGGCCCCCUUUCUCCAGGUUCCUGUCCUGUUCCUGGAGCAGACCCUAGUUUGAUCCUUAACAGUAAGUGCUGAUUCCCAGCCCCUUUGGAGGUCUCCCUUGUAUCUAAGCUCAGCUGAUUGAGCUCGGUGGGUCCAGGUCUGGGGGAGAGGGGCUGGUUUCUCUGGGAAGUGGUCCCUCUUGAUAAAGCAGGUCCCCAUGACCCAGAGCCACCCUCCUCCGGGCAGCAGACACACCUGCGCAGGAGAUCGUAAGCCACUGACAAGCCCACACAAAAAGGAAAGCAGACCCCCACCAUGCUGCUUAUGCGGAAGCAGGCCCAGUUUGGGGGUGGCUUGAUCAUCUUUGACUUUUUCAGCCCCCAGCCCCCUGUUUUCUGGUGGUGUCAGUGGCAGCUGUUCCCAACAGUGGCCUUGGAACAGUGCCAUCCAUGAGAACUUUCUGCAGUGAUGGAAAUGCCCGUUCAGGACCACUAACUAGCAACAGCCCCUGAGCUGCGAUGGGUGGGCUCUCUGGCAAACAGAGCAGCCUCGAGCCCACGGUCUCCCCAGAGAGCCUAUGGGCUUGGCAUGGGGACACAGGGGGCAUCAGAGGGUGCCCACCACUGCUGGGGGCCAGGGCUCAUGCUGCUUUUUCCCUGGGCUCUUGGGGGCUUGUCCUUGAGCUCCCCCAAUUCCCCAGCGCCACUGGGGCCAGUGUGCUGAGGAGCGUCUGUGUGGCUGGAAGCGAGGCAGGUGGGGAGGUUCCAGCCCAGCUGCGCAGAGCCUGCCUCCAGCCCUUACCCCGCCCUGGGGCUGAGAUGUAGGACUCUGCCAGCUGUGGCCACUUGAGGUUUCAGCUGCUUUAGAGAGCUGAAAACACACAAACCAGGCCUUUCCAUGACAAACUGCACUUUUCCAGGAGAGACGUACUAGAGAUGAAUUUAUGGGCACUUUAUUCAGACUGUAAGACAGGAAACCUCUGAUGUUUCUCAAGUAGGGGCUUCUGAAUUCACACAAGGCAAGUCCCUCUGCAGGUGCGAAUAAUUGAUGGCUUUUCAAAAUGGCUGCCCGGAGCAGCACUUCAGCCGCGCCUGACGCCCUGGCCUCUGCAUCUCCGCCAUCUCCGAGGUACGCUGGGGCCGCGCCGCAGGGUGUCACCUGCUUGGGGGGUCCACACAGCAUUGUCCUUGGGCUGAGCCCUUGGGUGGGCCAGAGCCGCAGUUCCGGUGAAGCCAGCGCCGCCCCACCCAGUGGAAUCGGCUUCUGGCGUGUUUUCAUCAUGCGGCUGGGGCACAGGCCCCCUGGACCACCCAGCCUGGUGUUCGGUGUCCUUCCCUUCUCUGCAGCAGGGCCCGGACCCACCAGUCCCUGCGGUCCCCACACCAGCACCCCCCCCACCCAGUUCUGGGUUUUCACUGGUGGCAGCUCUGUUUUAUGGAUACGGAAACUACCCAACUUGAUGCCAGUGGGCUGGAAUGCUCUGCCUCCUGGAAACGAGGCAGUCAGGGAUGGGGUGGGGUGCCCCCCUCAGCCCAGCUGCUCAGGGCCACUCAUGGACUCUAGGAGGGUCCAGGCUCUGGGCAUCCCAGAAAGGUCCGCAGAAGAGAGAGGUGCUGGUAGACUAGGGAAUGCGCUGGCAACUUGACCCAGCAGCUGUGGUGCCCUCGACCCUGGCUCCCUGGCAUGCAGGUACCAGUAGCUCCAGCAGCAAGAGCCCAAGUCCCAGGCUGUGUGUCGGCUCACAGAAAAAGGGAAGGCUGAAUUCCUCCCCUCCCUGUGCAUCCUUUCCCCCACUCCACUCCUGCUCCCUGUCUGGGAUCUUAAAUAGGCCAACGGUGGCAGCUUUGGGGGCAACACCUCCUUCUCCAGCUCAGCUGGGCCCUGGGCUUCCCCUGCCCUCCUGAGACCCAAAGGGGGCUGGGACCUGCUGUGACACCACCACUGACCCCAGCCUGGGGGCCAUGAGGAUGCUGAGAGGGGAGAACCUGGACCCCAACUCUUUGAGAUGCAAGGUUGGAGAGGGGGAGUAUCAUUUGCAAGGACCUCAGGCCUUCCUUGGGUGGAGAUGAGGAUCCACAUUAAAUGCUUAUAACACACCAGGCCACAGAAAGCUCGUUACCCACGGAUGCUUCUCCCCACCCAUGCUGACUCUCAGAGGCUGCUAAGGCAGAAUUUAUAGGAAAUAGUUUUCAAGCCACCAGAGACCUGUUUGUACAAGUGGAAGGGUUGUAUUUAUUUAAUGUACCUCAAGGUGUUUUAAUAAUGAUCAGUGUUUUAAUAAAAAGUAUUUCUGGCC